AUGACAGUUGAUGUUCUUCAAUCUCCCAGUCGUUCACCUAGUUCAACUAGGGAUAAAACAAAGGUUCUAACAAGCGGCCUCCACUAUGAAGUGAACGACAUCCCGAAAUGGAACUCAUUGCUGUUGUUCGCGUUACAACAAUCUCUUUUAUGCAUUUCUGGCUUGUUAGUCAUUCCCUUCUUGGUUUCAAACAUUGCUUGUGCAGGAGAUCAGACCAUCGCUUUAAGAGUGAAGUUAAUUGCAGCAACUUUCGUGACAAGUGGAAUAGCAACAAUCAUACAAACAACAUUUGGUUUAAGACUUUGUAUUCUACAUGGUCCUUCAUUUGCAUUUUUACCGCCUCUGAUAGCAUUUGCAGCUCUUCCAGAAAAUGAAUGUAAAGUAGAUUUACAUACAACAGUUCCGGAAGAGAUUUGGAUUUCUAAAAUAACAACAAUUCAAGGAUCAUUAUUAUCAGCUGUGGCCAUAAUGAUAGUCUUGGGUAGCACAGGACUAGUUGGAAUAUUUGCUCGUUAUGUUGGCCCAAUAACUAUUACUCCUCUACUUCUCCUACUUACUAUCGGAACCAUUCCCACAGCUGUUCAGAAAAUCGCCCUUCACUGGAUUUCGGGAGUGGAACUGGCUCUACUAAUAACUAUGACGCUGUUGUUGGAAAAUUUCUAUCUGCCAAUACCUUACUAUUCUAUUAAAGAAAGAAGGAUGAAAAUCACUCGUAUGCGAGUGUUCGGACAGUUUCCAUAUUUGAUUGGUAUAAGUGCUGCAUGGAUUAUAUGUUUCAUUCUCUCGAAAACUGAUCUUGAACCAGUUGAAGGUGAAGCUCGAAUUGACAAGAAUGCUACGUUGUCAGUACUAAGUCAAUCCCCAUGGUUCCAAAUACCUUAUCCCUUUCAGUUUGGAUCGAUGAAGUUUUCCACAGGGCUUUUCCUUGGUUUUCUCGCAUCAACAUUGGCUUGCAUGAUGGAAAGUAUUGGCGACUAUGAAAUGUGCGCAAAAAUAAGCCAUCAAAGGCAUCCACCAGUAUCGAGCAUCAAUCGUGCUAUUAUUUGUGAAGGCGUUGGAGCUGUUCUGGCGGCAAUUAUGGGCGUAGGAACUGGUGUUACGACUUACGCUGAGAAUAUAGCAAUAAUGCAAAUUACAAAGGUUGCUAGUAGAGCAACUAUGCAAGUUGCUGGGAUAAUUUUGAUACUUCUUGGCUGUUUCACAAAAUGCGCUGCAAUUUUAGCAUCAAUCCCAGAUGCUGUCGUAGGUGGAGUGUUGGCUAUGGGAAUGGCAAUGAUUAUGGGUGUGGCCGUAUCAAACUUACAAACCGUGGAUCUUCGAGUAUCUCGGAAUCUAACAGUAAUCGGGGUUGCCUUGUUGUUGGGUUGCGUUAUUCCUGAUUAUAUAGAAGAACAUCCAAUCAAAACAGAUAAUAUGACACUCAAUAAUGUGUUAGGCAUGCUUUUGAAGAUUAAAAUGCUAAUCGGAGGACUAAUAGCAUUUUUCUUAGACAAUGUUGUGCCAGGGGCAACCAAGUACCAGAGAGGGUUUCAAAGUACUGAGGAGGAUAAAACUAAUCUUGAUUCAACGAAUGAUGGCUAUGCCUUGCCAGAAUUCAUUUUAAAAUUAAUUGAGCGCUUUCCUGUUCUGUCCUGUCUUCCAUUUCUGCCAUCACCUCGGAGAUCUUUGAUUGUAUAA